GAGAGAGAGAGAGAGAGAGAGAGGGAGGGAGGAAGGGACCUUCAGGGUUCAAGUUGAUGUAAUAAAAACAAGAAAGAAGACAGUGAGGCAGAAGGGGGAGAACAAGAGGGUCUUUUUUUUUUAUUUAAGGUUGUGCUGUGUGUUUAUGUACAUGUGUGUGGGGGUUGAGGUUGAGGUUGAGAUAUCUCAGUCUUUGCCUCCUUAUAUUCCCUUAUCCUAGGUCUCUCUCUCUCUUGAAGAUUCAGAGAGAUCUCAGAUGAUUCAACAUCUACCUGAUUUUGAUUCUGAAACAUCGUAGCUUGUUAAGUAGAGGGCAUUGGGUGUAUACACGUUUGUCUGAUAUAUACGCAUUUCAGAAGCUCAGGUACAUAAGUAGAGAUCGUUGAUUAGUUCUGGGACCAUGAAGCAUAAAGAUGGGAAACCAAUAUCUCAACCUGAUAAAAGUUCCAGGACUGUCCCCAUGGCAAUAAUGUUUGUUGUGCUAUGUGGGUUUUCAUUCUAUCUUGGUGGAAUAUUCUGUUCGGAGAAGGACAGAUAUGUUAGCAAGGAGGUGAUUAAAGCCGUGGAAUCUCGGAAGGAAACGGCUGCUGGCCCUCUCCAAAUAAAAGGCAUUACAUUCCCUGAGUGCAGCAGUAACUAUCAAGAUUACACUCCGUGCACCGACCCAAGGAGGUGGAGGAAGUAUGGUGUUCAUCGGCUUACUUUCAUGGAACGGCACUGCCCUCCAGUAUUUGAGAGAAAGGAGUGCUUGGUUCCCCCACCAGAUGGGUACAAGCUACCAAUUAGAUGGCCCAAGAGCAGAAAUGAAAGUUGGUACAGGAAUGUGCCAUAUGAUUGGAUUAACAAACAGAAGUCUAACCAGCAUUGGCUGAAGAAAGAGGGGGAGAAGUUUCUCUUCCCUGGUGGGGGUACUAUGUUCCCCAAUGGUGUUGGUCCCUAUAUUGAUCUGAUGCAAGAUCUGAUCCCGGGAAUGAAAGAUGGGACUAUAAGGACUGCCAUUGAUACAGGAUGUGGGGUUGCUAGCUGGGGAGGUGAUUUAAUAGAUCGUGGGAUUCUAACAGUCUCUCUUGCACCAAGAGAUAAUCACGAGGCUCAAGUUCAAUUUGCACUGGAACGUGGAAUUCCUGCUAUUCUGGGCAUCAUUUCAACGCAGCGACUUCCUUUCCCUUCAAACUCUUUUGAUAUGGCUCAUUGCUCAAGAUGCCUUAUCCCAUGGACAGAAUUUGGUGGAAUUUACCUUCUUGAGAUUCACCGCAUACUCCGACCUGGGGGCUUCUGGGUUCUAUCUGGUCCACCAGUGAAUUACAAAAACCGUUGGAGAGGAUGGAACACUACUAUUGAAGAGCAGAAAUCCGAUUAUGAGAAGUUGCAGGAACUGUUAACAUCAAUGUGCUUCAAAUUAUACAAUAAAAAGGAUGACAUUGCAGUGUGGCAGAAGCUUUCAGAUAAUAGCUGCUAUAAACAGCUUGAAACCCCAGACUACUACCCACCUAAGUGUGACGAUGGCACAGAACCAGACUCAGCGUGGUACACUCCACUCCGGCCUUGCGUGGUUGCCCCAAACACAAAACUUAAGAAAUUAUCAAUAAAAGCUCUUCCCAAGUGGCCAGAAAGGUUGCAUGUUGCACCUGAACGCGUUUCUGAUGUUCGCGGUGGCAGUGAUGGUGCUUUCAAGCACGAUGACAGUAAAUGGAAGGCUCGAAUUAAGCACUACAAGAAGUUGCUCCCUGCGAUUGGGACCGAUAAGAUAAGAAAUGUGAUGGACAUGAAUACAGUUUAUGGAGGUUUUGCUGCAACGUUGAUUGAUGACCCGCUUUGGGUCAUGAAUGUGGUCUCCUCCUAUGCUGCCAACACACUUGCCGUGGUCUAUGAUAGGGGCCUCAUUGGAACCUACCAUGACUGGUGUGAGGCUUUCUCAACGUAUCCAAGAACGUAUGAUCUCCUUCACCUAGAUGGCCUCUUUACUGCUGAAAGUCACAGAUGUGAAAUGAAGUAUGUGCUGUUGGAGAUGGAUCGGAUCUUGCGGCCUAAUGGGUAUGCAAUAAUCAGAGAAUCCAGCUAUUUUGUGGAUGCUAUUGCUACCAUGGCAAAGGGGAUGAGAUGGGGCUGUCGCAAAGAAGACACCGAAUAUGGUGUUGAGAAGGAGAAGGUAUUGAUUUGCCAGAAGAAACUCUGGUACUCCUCUAAGCAAAGUUCAAGAUGAGAAGACAAAGAAAAGCAAGUUGGCAAUAUAUCUCAUGGAGAAACCGGUAAUAUUUAUAGUACCAUCAGUAGAAGAGAAAAAAGUUCCAUCACCAUUCACAGAGGAAUUAGUUCAUUUUACAAAACAAUUAAAGUUCAAAAUUUUAAUCUAAAAAUUAGAUUCCAAAAUAAUCUAAUUUUUUUUUGUUCUCGUGUUUUUCUGCGCAAUAUAUUCUUUGCAAGCCUGAACAGAUACUUCUUCUUGUAUCCUUCUGAUCUCAUGUUGUAUCCUUCUUUUUCGUUUUUGGCUUUUCUUUUUCUUCUUGUUUGUGUUAGAGCUGGAUAUGAAAUAUGUAAUGAGCUGAACAGUUACACCAUUGCAGCUCAUGAUUUUUAUGU